AUGGAGAGUAGGUCCGUGUUUGUGCUAACUUUGGUGCCGGGAGAUGAGGACGGAGGUAUCACUGGAUUUCCCUGCUGUGACAAGAAGUCGGUGAACAUUGUGGAGACACAGUGUAACAUAAUCCAGGACCAGUCACAAGAGGAAGAUGAGCUGGAGCUGGAGACGGAACUGCUUGCGCUGGACAGCUCUUCCAGUGCAUGCCUAGACCGCGACCCGGAGCCGGACAGGAGAACGACACCCAGGCCUGAGCCGCAGGCCGAGCCGGACACGGGGUCCUCGCUGCAGGGCGGCCCCAAAGAGCCUGAGCCGCAGGUGGACAGGACGGAAUCCCUCCAGACCUCCAUGGAGGAGCUGAGGCCGCAGGACGCGUGUCUGUGGGAGGUGGAGUCAAGCUCCACCGACCUGAGCGGGUCAGGGGAGGGCCGGCUGCCCACCAACCACCACUCCAUCCAUGUCCAGACCUCCAAGCACCUCUUCUGGGCCGACAAGCUCAUCCAAACCUCCCAGGAGAGCGUGGAGAAGGCCAUCCGCAUGCACUUGGACAAGAAGAGCCUGGCCGCGGCCCCCAGACGCCCCGACCAGGCACGGGCCCCUGAGGAUGCUCUGUCUGCUACGAAGCGGCUCAAGUCCCAGAGCGCCCAGGUGCUGGUUCCAGCCACAGAGCCCCAGCAGCCACCAAGCUGCUCCCCACCCCCUGGGCUGUCACCAGCCAUCGGGCUGGCAGAGUUAGUCAAUCUGGCAACUUCCCUGGCCAUGGCCUCCUCCAACAAGAACUUGCCCAGUCUGGAGCUCAGGGUGCAAGGUGCGUCCAAGAAAGUCAGGGAGCGCCCCGCAGAGCUCCCGAUGGAAGGUGCCGCGCAGCCGGCCACAGACCAGACCGAGCAGGAAAAGCUCGCUCAAGCGCUGCUAGAGAAACCACCAGAAGACAGACAGAUGCAGAAAGGAUGGGAGCAGGAGAACAAGAGCUUCCUCUACCCUUACUUUGACUUCAACCAGCCCGGGGUCGCGAGGACCACCUUUGAGGGGAAAGUGAAGCUUCUGCAGUCUCCAGUCUUGCUGGCACCACCACAGGAAACCAAACCAGACUCGGUGCCGGCAACCAAGAAAGGGAGUCCAUUAUUGCUGAAAAUCCAUUUUAAGCUGUCAGCCCCCAGCCCCCCAGAGAAAUGA